AUGUCCUUAGGCGAUUCUCCACAUGGAAGUGAUGGAAAUCGCUGGAAAAGUCCACUAAGAGCUCCAAUAUCUCUUGCUCUCGAAAUGGAGGUGUAUGCGAACUCGAUCGAGUCGGUCUACAGAAGACUUGGUCGAGCUAGACUUACAACGGGUAGAAAGAGGGUUCAGAGGUCACAGAGGGUACAAGAGGAACCUGAGGUGCUUGUUGCUGAUACAAUGGAUGUACCAGAGGGGAAUGGAAACCCUUUGGGCAAUGGACUCGGUCGAGCUAGGCAAACUCGACCGAUUGGUCAAGGAGAUGCUCCAAACCGCCACCAACAGAGACAAGGGAUUGUUCCACCACCAGUGCAGAACCACAACUUUGAGAUCAAGCUGGGAAUGAUCAACCUUGUUCAGAACAAGAUGUUCCAUGGAUUGCCAAGUGAAGACCCCAUUGACCACCUUGAUGAGUUUGAUAGGCUUUGUGAUUUGACAAAGAUCAAUGGUGUCUCUGAAGAUGCCAUCAAGCUGAGACUCUUUCCUAUGUCUCUAGCUGACAAAGCUCACCAAUGGGAGAAGAGCUUGCCCCAUGGCACAAUCACCACUUGGGAUGAAUGCAAGAAGGCCUUUCUUGCUAAGUUUUUCUCCACCGGUCGCACAGCCAAGCUUAGAGGAGAGAUAUCCAGCUUCAUCCAGCGAAACAAUGAGACAUUCGCAGAGGCUUGGGAGAGGUUCAAAGGCUACACAAGUCAGUGCCCACACCAUGGAUUCAACAAUGAAUCACUACUCUCCACUCUUUAUAGAGGAUGCUUGCCUAGGUAUAGGGAGAUGCUAGACACAGCUAGCAAUGGGAACUUCCUCAACCAGGAUGUAGAUGAUGGCUGGCAACUUGUGGAGAACAUGGCCAUACUCAAUGGAAGCUAUGGAGAAUAUGAAGUACAGACUGGAGCUCGACCGCCACUCGAUCGAGCUGGAAGCACAGAUGAGAAAAGACAUGCUUGCACUGAACUCGAAGUUGGACAAACUGAUCCUAGCCCAAUUCCCUGCCAAGCAUGUCAACUAUGUCUCAGAACAAAUAGUCAAGGAGGAAGGGGAGGACAACACAGAAGGAUUAUACAAGGAAGCUAUAGGAACAACAAGGGACAUACAGCUAUCAACAACCCCUGGCCGCACCAACAACAAGUGUUCCACAAGGCUUCAACCAAAGGACUACUCAUACCCAACCAACUCAAGAUUGGGAUAUGA